AUGCAGUGGAAGCCCGUAGCACCUGUAUACCUUCAGAAACACUGGGCAUCUAAUCAGCAAAUCACCGAGAAAUUAACCCCACCGACAGCCGCUGGCGACUCCUUAACUCCCGAGGAUGAGGAACAACGCAUCAAGUAUAACAACUGGAUUGACAAACUGCCUCCGAAAAUCGCGCCUUAUGUGUUCCUUACACGUUUGGACAAACCUAUCGGUACAUGGUUACUAUUCUGGCCCUGCGCUUGGAGUAUUUCGAUGGCGGCCUUUCAUACGCAUGCAUCCCUUGCAGAUACAGGUUACAUGAUAGCAUUGUUCGGUUUAGGCGCAUUAACCAUGCGUGGCGCAGGUUGCACAAUCAACGAUUUAUGGGACAGGGAUAUCGAUGACAAGGUGGAAAGAACAAAAAUUCGACCGAUUGCCAGUGGCGCAAUUACUCCGACGAAAGCGAUCGGAUUCCUAGGUCUCCAGCUGUCCGUCGGUUUAGCAAUUCUAACUCAAUUGAAUCUGUACAGUAUUUUAUUGGGCGCUUCAUCGUUAUCCCUCGUAGUAACGUAUCCGUUGAUGAAGCGUAUUACAUACUGGCCGCAAACCGUGCUUGGUCUUGCUUUUAACUGGGGCGCUUUAUUGGGAUGGUCGGCCAUGACUGGCCAGUUGGACUUGACUGUCGCCGGCCCACUUUAUGCUGGUGGCGUAGCCUGGACGUUGGUCUAUGAUACCAUUUAUGCCCAUCAAGACAAGAAGGAUGAUGUAAAAGUCGGCGUAAAAUCGACUGCCCUUCGAUUCAAGGACAAAACGACCCAGUGGUUGACAGGUUUCUCCGCGUCGUUCGUCUCCAUGACAGCUUUGGCUGGUUACAUGAACGAUCAAGGUUUGCCGUUUUAUGCACUCAGUGUGUGCGGUACAGCCGCUCAUCUGGCAUGGCAAUUGAAGACUGUCAACUAUGAUGUGCCGGCUGACUGCUGGGCAAAGUUCAAGAGUAACACAUGGACAGGGGCCCUUCUUUGGUCGGGUAUUGUGGCGGAUGCAGCAUGGUCUGCAUCACAAACGGCUGUAGCUUAA